AUGGAUGAGUUCGAAACCACGAAGGGAUUUUCGAACUUUCCAUUAGGACAGGAAGUUCUGCUAGACAAGGUAUUAAACGAACAGAGGUACGAACAUGAUAAGGGAAGGAAGGAAAACAAAAAAAAAAAAAAAAAAGGAGAAAACAUUCAAGAACAACUACAUUAUUACCUGAAUGAAAAGUAUGAGUCAUUCAUUGGGUACGACAAUUUUAUGAACACGCUGUUCAAGAAGAAGAAGGUGUUGAGAGUAACUCAUGGGAGAAGAGACGACAGGAGGAAGAGGAAAGAGGAGCAUGCCCGUCGCGAGGGUGUGCGCCCCACCGGAGUAGCGCCAAGUGAUGAGGACGCGACGAAAGUCAAGUGCCGCGGCGAGUCCGCUUCCAGCGAUGGACCAGGCAGCGACAUACGAAGCAGCAACGGGCGGGGGAAGAAGAAGAACAUGUUGGAGGCGCAGCACAAGGGAGGAAAUUCUAAAACGUUUAACAGCGCCUCCUCUCUGAAGAGAUGCACCUGUGACUGCCACCAGUGUCGCUCUCCAUUAAUGGAAACCGAUCCGGGUGACGGCCUAACAGACGAAUCAGACGGCCGCCUAACAGAGGAGUCGAGUGAUGCGUGUCCAUCCCCUCCACACUACUCAGACGCCAGCGAUAUCUCCAACCUGUCCCCAGACGCGUUCUGCUUCGAAAAACAAUUUAAGUAUAUAUAUGACCUGUAUAAGCAGAAUGACAAAAAUGUGUACCUGUUUUAUAACCCUCCCAUGUGUAAGUGUGUGAAUAAAUCUUUGAAGGAGAAGUACUAUAGGAACCUGUGCCGGAAAUACCCUUGCCUGUUCAAUUGCACGUUGGAGGGUGAGGAGGGUGCGGGGAAGCCCAACAGAGGGGAAGAAGAGCAGCGUAAUGGGCAGCUAUCCCGCACGGGGGGAGUAUCUGACACAGGGGGAUUACCCCACUCGGGGGAGGAACCAAGUGAUGUGAAGAGGCUGACGUAUGCCGAGGUAGCGUCGGACGCAGUGGAAAUGAAGCUGUACGCGAAGGCCUUUUUCGAGUUGUGCCUUUUGCAGGGGGCCGGAGGGGGGUCAAGCGGUAUGAAUGCACCAUCGGGUGAUGAAGCGAAGAAGGUCUCGAGUGACGCCCCGCGUGACGACAGCAUUGAGGACGCCACGCAACAGGGGGAGGAUGCCCCCCUUGGAGCACAAGAAGAAGAGAUGCUUAAACGAUUCUUCAACAAAUGUCUUCUUAGAAUCAUGAGGAGGAAAUCUCCAACAUGCGAAAACAACUCAUGUUGCGGGCUCCUCUAUGUACCCUAUAGUUAUAUUGUGGUUCUGUUGAAUAGGAAAAUUGAAAAUUUGAGUUACUUAUGUAGCAACUUAAAUCUCCCUUCCAGCACCGAUAUGUAUUAUAAUAACAAGAGGAAUAUUGUUACGAUAUGUACAAAGAAUUCUGUUCAUGAGUUUUUUUCUUAUUACUCUCUUAGGGAAAACUGCUACGUAAAAAAUUUACUUAUAUAUGAUGUAUUCUUUCAUGGGUUUAUUCCUUUCUUUAAGCCGCUGCUAAAUUUGAAGGUCAAGAAGAACCUGGACAAGGUCAUGAACUACGUCAACUACAACAAGGGGUGUAAUUUGUCUGUUGUGUUCUUCUGGAGUGGUGUGGCGCGCGAGACGGAGUCGCCCUCGCAGGGUGUCUGCGGUAGCGGCGGAGGUAGCAGCGGUAGCGGCAGAAGUAGCAGCUGCAGUGGUGGCGACAGUGACGCGGAUGAGGGGAAGCGGCGAAUUCAAACAAGCAACAUGAUGCACCUCCGUGUGUGCAAAAUUAUAAACAUUAAUCACCCAAAUGAAUACAAGGGGAUGACAAGUGAGCACCCCAAGAAGGACUACACAACAGAGGGAACUGCAAGUAGGGAGAGAAAGGACAAAAUGAACGCAGACCAACAAUACUUCGCCAAUCUAUGCAACGGAAGUGAAGUCAUUAAUAAUAUAAAUAUAAAAAUGGUUGUGGAAAAAAUUAUUGAAAUAGCUAGUCGGAACGAGAGUAGUCUGUGUGAACACAAGUGUGUUUUUAACAGAUAUAACCAAAUGCAUGGGAAAAAAAAAAAAAUUCAAAUUUACUUAUGUGAAUCGAUUAACUCUUUCGCGUUUGAUCGUAGACCACUGUAUAUUAAACGGAGGGAGGUGACUCUCUCUUCCUUUGUGCAUUUUCAUAAUAUUAUGAACACGUACCUUGGCGUUAGUAGGAACAGCUUAGACGUCCUAAUUGGGCGGCGCAUGGAGGAGGACGUAUUUGAUAUGAACCUGAGGAGGGAUAAGCUCCUCUCCAGUUGCCAUGUGAAGAAAGAGGGAAGGGAAGGGGGUGAAGUGGGCCAAAUGGGCGAAGCAGGCCAAGCGACUGAAACGAAUGGAGAGGUGGAAGAAGGACAAACAAGUAACAACGUAGGUACCGCUGCUAACCCCCCCAACAUAGACCACCUCUUCAACGAAACGCUCUUCUUCUUUAAUGAUAACUCAGAUUUAUACACAUAUGAAGAGUACAAAAAGGCGAAGCUUCAGAGUGUGGGCAGAGCAGGGGACCAGGACAACAAGCCCACUGGGGAGCAGCAGAACGCUGCAGCGGGGAAGACCUGGAUGGCCAGAAGCGCGACACAUGCUCAAGGGGAAAACAUAUGGGACUCCCUAUGCACACAAUACGCACAAAAUCUCUUCAAUAUUUAUGUAUGCUCCUUUCUAACGAAACAGAACAGCUGCAAAAGGGUGGCAUCCUCUGUCGGGAAGAAGAAAAAAAAGAAAAAAAAAAAAUUAGAAAAUAAAAUGUCCUACCAGGAAAAGAUUAGCUUCAUUAAAAAAUGCUACUGCCACCUGUUUCGCUUUUACAAGGACAAGUUUCGUAUCUCCUUGAAGAAGGAAGAAGAGGACAUGCUGCACAAGAAUAAUUGGGCCAGCGAGGAUGCUCUCAUCUCGCACGUGGGGGAGGGUACCAUGCCUAGCCAGCUCUUGAGGCUCUCCAAGAUUCUCUCCAUGUCCGCCGUCACGUCCAGGGGCAAAGCGCAGGAGUUGAUCAAAAAUGGCAAGGUGAAGGUGAACAACCAAGUGGUGCGUCAAAAUGUCGUCGUGGACAUAAACUCGUUUAUCGAGCUGGAGGGGAAGCCAGUCCUUGUGGAUGUCACAACGAAACUGUGGGGCAUAUACAAGCCCAAACAUGUGUUUUGCAGCUCCGAGAGAAAUUACGUAUAUGAGGAAAAAAAGAGGGCAGAGGUUCUUAAGGAUGAUGCCCAUAAUGGGUUGGUGACAGGUCGGAGGUUACUACCUAAGGGUAGUUACUCCACUGCGCAGUUGGCACCUGGAGACAGGCGCAAGGGGUUCCUGUUGACAGGAAGGGAACAUAUAAGUGAGGUAGGAAGAAGCGAUUCGUACGAAGGGCACUCAGGGGAAGUCGCUCAAACAUUAAGGCAGUUAAAAUGGACACGAGAUAUUGUGGUGAAGCGGCCGGCCUCCUCUUCUGAAGUGGGGACGAAGCAAGACGAACUGGAAAAAUUUUCACAGAGUGCACCCCAAAAAUUAAAUACAAACCUAUUUGAUUAUUUAAGAAAAAUGAACAAGACAUAUGAAACGAAAAAUAAUAAUAUUACGAAUGAUAUACCUGAGCAUCUCAUCGUGGUGAACAGCCUAAGUGCGUCCAGUGAAGGACUUGUGCUUCUAACAAAUGAUGGGGACCUCGCACGGAAUUUAAAAGAUAUACAAAACAAUAUCGUCACGACGUACAUUGUAAAAGUGAAAGAAGAACUUACAAAUGAAAAAAUAAAAUUAAUUGAAAAAGGAUGUAGGGUUGGUGAUGUACACAUACAACCACUAGAGGUACAUGUCAUCAAACCACAUUGUUCCUCUCCAAAAUGGAUAAAAAUUACAUACGUAGAAAAAUCACAUACCCAUUUAGAUGUUCUGUUUUGCAAGUAUGGCUUAACGGUUAGGAAGUGCAAACGUUUUUCCUUUGGUCCUUAUAAAGUAUCGGACCUCUCGAUGAACUUUCUGACGCCGCUAAAAAUACACAGCACUCUGUCUGACUUAGUCCCCAAGUACCCUCCUAAGCUAAUUCUUGCGCAACCCACUGGGAAUGUCCUAACGGAUGAACAUAAUAGGUUCGUGCUGGUCAAGGAUUACCUCAAAAACUCGGUAAUUCGGGGGCAAGCAAGUGUACAGCAAAGCGGUACAGAUGAAGACAAGGUUGUUAAAUGUGAAGUGGUGGAGGGGGAACGGAGAUAG